GUAACCAAAUAAUUCUCUCAACACUUAAUAGUAUAGGCAAAUUAAUUGGCUUCCGAACCACUUUGUUAUUAUGACAUAAGAAAUAAAUGAAAUUAACACAAACAAGAUUGAGUGAGAUGUGUCCACAAAUAGUUGAAAAAUAGACCCAAAAUUAAAAUACCGUACUCCACAUAAUAAUUACUUUGUAUAAUCUUGUAAUAGUCAUUUGAAAGAGACAAAUCGAUUAAAGACAUACUAAUUACUAACACAAUUAAAUAUUACACACUUCAUGAAAAUUACCCAAAGUCCACACAUAUUAUAAAUUGAUGGAAAUACUUGGGGCACGAUGGAAAGUAAAUAAAAAAUAUAAAAUAAAAAAAUAAAAUCUUAGGGAUUUUAUUAUUACUCUGUACUAAAGAGAGGGUGUAUGCGUGUAGUUGAUUUGAUCACUUGAGGCGCCCACAUCACCUCCAAAACUACAAAUGUCGUCAUUGCUUAGUGAUACUGCAAAAAGAGCUAUUUCCUAGAAACUAGCAACAACUUACUCCAUUUUUCUAAUACAAUUGGCCUCACAUACUCUAUAUAUAACAACUUAAUUUAUCGAUGAAACCUAUGCUCAUUUCUCAAACACAAUCACCCAAAAAUCCACAAAAUGAGUGCAACAACAGCUAAACACAUUUCAGAGUGUUUCAUCAAACCAAAAUAUGAAGUGGAAGAAGCCAAAAAACCAUACUACUUAGCUCCAAUGGAUUUAACCAUGUUUUGUGUUCAUUACAUCCAAAAAGGUCUACUCUUUACCAAACCAUCCCAAUUUAAUGGUCAACCAUACUCAACCCAAAACCUCCUUGAAAGUCUCAAGGACUCCCUUUCACUCACCCUUGUCCAUUUCUAUCCCUUAGCCGGCCGCCUUGUUACACAAGUCGACGAAGAUCAACACCAAUGUCUGAUCUUCGUCGAUUGUAACAAGGGGCCAGGAGCGAAACUUAUCCAUGCCACGUUAGAUAUGACCGUGUCUGAUAUACUUUCACCUACCGAUGUCCCUUUAGUGGUCCAAUCAUUUUUUGACCACGACAGGGCUGUGAACCAUGAUGGUCAUAACGAGUCGUUGUUGACAAUUCAAGUCACGGAACUCGUAGACGGGAUCUUCAUCGGAUGCUCUAUGAACCACGCCUUAGGAGACGGAACCUCGUACUGGCUUUUUUGGAACAUGUGGUCCGAAAUACAUCAAUCAAAACACAAAGAAUUAGUCCCUGUGUCACGUAUGCCAGUACUUGAACGUUGGUUUCCUAAAGGGUAUGGUCCGACCCUUUACUUACCAUAUGUCCAUCCAGAUGAAUUCGUUACUCGACACGAAGCACCUCGAUUAAGGGAGCGAAUCUUCCACUUCUCACCCAAGUCAAUGGCAAGACUUAAAGAAAAGGCCAACGAAGAAAAUAUUGGUAAUAAUAUCAGCACGAUAUCAUCCUUUAAGGCCUUAUCAGCAUUGUGUUGGCGAACCAUUGUUCGUGCAAACGGCUUGUCUCGUGACCAAGUCACAAAUUGUAGAUUAGCUACUAAUAAUAGGCACAGAUUAGACCCGCCUUUGUCACCAGAGUAUUUUGGUAAUUGCAUAAGCGCAAUGGCAACACCUACCACAGUUGGUGAGCUACUUGACAACAACUUAGGAUGGGCAGCAGCGUUGCUGCAUCAGUCAGUGUUAAAUCACAGCGACAAAGUCGUGCGCGAUUUUGUUAAUAAAUGGUUGCAGGCUCCUUAUGUAUACCCAAUGGGGAUGUUCGACAGUUCCAGUGUGAUGAUGGGAAGUUCGCCGAGGUUUGACAUGUAUGGGAAUGAAUUUGGACUCGGAAAAGCUAUAGCUCUUCGAAGUGGGUAUGCUAAUAAGUUUGUUGGGAAGGUGACUUCUUAUGAAGGAUAUGAGGGUGGAGGAAGUGUGGAUUUAGAAAUAUGUUUGCCACCGGAUUCGAUGAAGGCUCUUGAAUCAGAUGAGGAAUUUAUGAGUGCUGUCUCUUCUCCUAGUAUAGAUAAUGUCACAAUUUAAGUAUCCUAUUCAACCAUUUUGUAGUUUUCAUUUGUAGUUUAGCAGAAAUGUAUCUAUGAAUUCUGUCACUUUUUACAAUGUUAAACUUCAAGUGCAUCAGGAAAAUGGAUCUCUGAAGACUGCAGUGACAUAAUAGAGAUAGUCUGUCAGAAAUCACAUUAAUCUGAAAAUUUUCCCAAGAAAAUGUAUCUUAUAGGCUAACGACGACUUAUGCAAA